UAAUAUCAUCUGAGCAAAUAUAGAGAUAGGUAAUAACAAACUUUGGAUUUCUAUAAAAGCAACCGAUGUGCCUCGGGGUCAUUAGAGCGUGUAAGAAAAGCGUUUACUGAAUACACACAUGAAGUCAUAAAGCUAGCAAAAUGAUCACCUUAACAAUAGCGUUAGUGGUAUUAUCACUGUUUUACUACUACUACAGUGUAACAUCUUUCAAAUAUUGGAAAACAAGAGGAAUAAAACACGACAAGCCUGUACCGCUCUUCGGAAACUGUUUAUGGUACUUCUUGGGAAAGAAGAGCAUUUCAGAUGUUGCAACCGAAACCUACUGGAAGUAUUGCAAUGAGAAAGCAGUGGGACUAUUUCGAGGAGGAAGACCAGAAUUAGUGAUUAGAGAUCCAGAAACCAUAAAACAUGUUCUUGUCACAAAUUUUACGAAUUUCCAUUCACGAGGUCUCAAUCAUCGCGAGGAUAAUUCUGAACCUAUGAUGAACAACUUAUUUUUUGCAAAAGGUGACGUGUGGCGACUACUACGGCAAAGGAUGACGCCGGCUUUCACUACCAGCAAGCUGAAGGGGAUGUUCCCUCUGAUCGUGGAGCGUGCUGAGAAGUUGCAAACACGAGCGCUAGCAGCUGCUGCCACAGGUCAGGCUAUAGAUGUAUAUAGUUUCAUGGCAAGAUACACUAUUGAUUUCAUUGCAUCAUGCGGGUUCGGAUUAGAUAUCAACGCCCUAGACCAAGAAGACUCACCGGUUGAUAAACUCGGAGCAAAGAUCUUUAAAUACAAUACAAGAGAUAGAUUACUUCGUUUUAUAAAUUUUCUCGUUCCAAGUAUAGGGAAACAAUUCAAAGUAUUUAGAAAUAUUGAAGACGAAAUGAUCACUUUGACUAAACAAAUCUUAAAGCAGAGGAACUAUGAACCUUCGGGUAGAAACGAUUUUAUUGAUUUAUUGCUUGAAUGCAAGAAAAAAGGAUUAAUUGUGGGUGAAUCUAUAGAAAAUAAGAAAGCAGAUGGAAGCCCUGAAACAGCGACACUAGAGUUAGAUGAUAUAAUUUUGGCUGCACAAAUUUUAGCUUUUUUUGCUGCGGGAUUUGAAACUUCAUCAACUGCUACUAGUUUUACAUUACAUCUACUUGCAUACAAUCCUGAAAUUCAGAAAAAAGUUCAAGAGGACGUUGAUAGAGUACUUAAUAAAUAUGAUAAUACACUCUGCUACGAUGCUGUUAAAGAAAUGACUUACCUAGAUUGGACAUUCAAGGAAAGUUUGAGAAUACACCCGGCAACAGGAGUAUUUGUAAGAGAAUGUAAUCAGAAGACACAAAUCCCUAAUCUGAAUACAACAUUAGACGAGGGUGUCAGAAUACUUAUUCCAGUUUACGCACUGCACCAUGAUCCUCAAUAUUUUGAUAACCCCGAAGAAUUCCGACCAGAGAGAUUCAGUCCUGAAGAAUUUAGUAAUAUCACUAAAUAUAGCUACUUACCAUUUGGAGAAGGUCCACGGGCGUGUAUAGGCGAGCGACUAGCUCUGAUGCAGUCUCUGGCAGGUCUCGCGGCAAUAUUGUCACGUUUCACCGUGGAGCCCGCUCCGGAAAGCACGCGCCAUCCCGCAUAUGAUCCCUUGACGGAAAUUACGUUAAUGAUAAAAGACGAAUUACCCCUCCUUCUUAAAAAAAGGAGUAAUACCAUUCUGUAAUUGUUAUAUCUACAUGCAUUAAAUUAUUCGUUAAUAUGUAAUAAUCCUAAUCCAAUAAAAUAGUUUAAGAUAUUGUUGAACAAAAAAAACAUGUCAAAUGUGUUUCAUUAGCCAAUUUCAACUGUACAUUGCUGGACAUAAACCUCCCCCUAUUGGCGGGUUUUGCCAGUAGUUGCCAAGCUUGGCAGGCGAGUUGGCAAUUGCAGUUAGGUUUUGGUGAUGUAUUAAAAGAGAAGCAACUACCUAUCCCUCGGCCAUUAUCCUUAGUCAUCUUUUACGACACUCACGG